AUGAACCCGAACGCACCCAGCUUUGGCUUUAAUCCUGCGGCGGCCGGCUUUGUUCCGCGCUUUUUGCAGCAGCAACAGCAGCAGCAGCAGCAAGAAUACGAUGCGUACUACAACCAAGGAUUUACGGGUUUCGCCGCCCCGCCACCUCAGAGUGCUGCGCCGCCCAUGCCACCAGCGCCUAGCAGCGGUCCGGCACCGCUGCCGCCCAAGGCAGCGGCUAUGGCCUCAGAGAGCAAGCCAGCUGGAACGAAAAAGGCGGUGAGUGUGUCGAUCGGCGGUGCCAAAAAGCCAGAGCCCCCCGCGGCCAAGGAAGAGCCUCCAGCGCCCAAGGAAGAGCCCAAGCCGGCCAAGCCGGCCAAGGAAGCUUCGGCCGCACCCAAGGGCCAAGCUGUGAAGCAGCAGACAAAGGUUGAGCAAAAAGUGGCUGAAAAAGCGUCGGUGGAUUCAGACAAGGUGCUGCAGGACGCACAGCGCGCGACGGAUGAGGAGACACUGCGUGAUCUGUUUGGUGACCAGGAGAUCAAGUCGCACCUGAACCUGGUGUUCGUGGGACAUGUUGAUGCAGGAAAGUCGACGAUGGGUGGUAACCUGUUGUACCUGACGGGCAUGGUGGACAAACGCACGCUGGAGAAGUACGAGCGCGAUGCGAAGGACAUUGGACGUGACUCGUGGUACCUGUCAUGGGCGCUGGACUCGACGCAGCAGGAGCGUGACAAGGGCAAGACGGUCGAAGUGGGCCGUGCAUACUUCGAGACGAGCAAGCGCCGAUACACGCUGCUAGACGCGCCUGGCCACAAGUCGUACGUGCCGAAUAUGAUUGGUGGUGCGGCCCAGGCCGAUGUGGCGAUUCUGGUCAUUUCGGCGCGUCGUGGUGAGUUUGAGACAGGCUUUGAGCGUGGUGGCCAGACGCGUGAGCAUGCUGUGUUGGUCAAGACGGCCGGUGUGCAGCGCUUGAUUGUGGUGGUGAACAAGAUGGACGACCCGUCGGUGGGCUGGGACAAGGAGCGCUUUGACGAGAUUGUAUCGAAAUUGUCGCCUUUCUUGCGUGCAAGUGGCUUCAACCCCAAGACAGAUGUCAUUUUCAUUCCCGUGUCGGCGUUCUCGGGCGCCAAUUUGAAAGAGAAGUCGAGUGAUUGCGCGUGGUACGAAGGUCCACCGCUGCUGACGUACCUCGACGACCUGGAGCUCGGCGACCGCAAGAUGAGUGCGUCGCUCAAGAUGCCUGUGAGCGAAAAGUAUGCGGAUAUGGGUACGUACGUUGUCGGCAAGCUGGAGAGUGGCAAGAUGAAGAAGGGCGAUGCGCUGAUGCUCAUGCCCAACAAGACGACGGUCGAGGUGCUGGCUAUCUUUAACGAAGUAGACGAGGAGGUGCCAGCAGCUGUGUCGGGAGACAAUGUGCGUGUGAAGCUCAAGGGUGUCGAGCUCGACGAGGUGCAGGCUGGCUUUGUGUUGACGGACCCGAAGGACCCUGUGCAUGUCGUGCGCCGCUUUGAGGCGCAGCUCGCGAUCCUCGAGCACCGCAACAUUAUUUGUGCAGGAUACAGUGCUGUCAUGCACGCUCACUCGCUCAACGAGGAAGUGAAUUUGACGGCGCUGCUGCACUACUACGACAAGAAAACGGGCCGCAAGAGCCGACGUGGUCCGCAAUUUGCCAAGAAGGGCAUGAAGAUCAUUGCGCUGAUCGAGACGACGGCGCCCGUGUGCCUCGAGCGCUUCCGCGACUAUGCGCAGCUCGGCCGCUUUACGCUGCGUGAUGAGGGCAAGACGGUGGCUAUCGGUAAGGUCACCAAGCUGCUGUCCGACGACGACGUGCCCAACGUCGGAAAAUUGUCCAUCAACUAG